GGGUAUAUAAAGCGGUCGCGAUCAACAUUGCACAUCAUCAGUCUUGCUUUGGUCGAUCCAAACCAACCAAAUCUACUCAAGAAUGGCAUUCAAGUUUGUCGUGUUUGCUGCCUUCGUGGCCGUCGCCAACGCCGGUGUUCUUGCGCCCGCCGCCCCCUUGCACUAUGACGCGGGACCCGCCACCGCCGGGGUGCCCGCAAUCGUCGCCGCCGCUCCCGUUGCCAAGGCAGUGGUGGCUAAGGCUAUCGACGCCGACUUCGACCCGCAUCCACAAUACAGCUACGCCUACGACGUGCACGACAGCCUGACCGGAGAUGCCAAGAGCCAACACGAAACCCGUGACGGCGACCUCGUCCAGGGUAGCUAUUCCCUCUUGGAAGCUGAUGGCACCAGGCGCACUGUUGACUACACCGCUGACUCAGUCAACGGAUUCAACGCCGUAGUCCGCAAGGAACCCGCCGCCGUUGCUGUCAAAGCCGUCGCCCCAGUUGCUGCCCCCAUCGCACAUGUCGCACACGCUGCACCCCUUGCCUACGCUGCCCCAGUCGCCAAGAUCGCCGCUCCCAUCGCCAAGCUGGCCACCCCAGUAGCUGCUGCACCCCUCGCCUACGCCGCUCCCGUCGCCAAGCUGGCCGCCCCGAUUGCUGCUCCCCUCACCUAUACCGCCCCCGUAGCUAAAAUCGCCGCCCCUGCCGUAGCUCACUUCGCACACGCUGCACCCCUUACCUACACCGCCCACGCCUCUCCUCUCGCGUAUGCCGCGCACGCCUCUCCUCUCGCGUAUGCCGCGCACGCCUCUCCUCUUGCGUAUGCCGCGCACGCCGCCCCUCUAGCAGCUCCUCUUGCUAAAAUUGCUGCUGCACCUGCCAUCUCCUACGCCGCCCCGGCUGCAUCUGCCAUCUCCUACGCCACCCCGGCUGCAUCUGCCAUUUCUUAUGCCGCCCCAACUGCCUACAUCCACUAAUCGUGUUGACCACGCCAAUCUACAUUGUCGACUCAGGCCGAACUUAUUUAUUUUUAUAUCAUGUACAUGUUCUUUUUAUGUGACUGAUUAAAGAAAUUACAUACAUA